AAAGUAUCUACAUGCUGUGUUUUCCCUCAUCUUCUUUAUUUUUUUAAAAACUAAUAAACAUUAACAAUGUAUCCAUAAACCGCAAUUAAUUUAAUUCUAAGAUUAAAUUGAUGGCGUUGUUAACUUAUUAAGGGAUUAAACAAUUUUUGAUAAAUCAGUCCUUUGUGAUCCAACUGGCAAUUGUGGACAUGCGUAUUGUUUUUAGUAGAUAUUGAUAAAUUAAGAUAACAUGUGUCAGAUACUGUUACGUUUAAGCACGUGGCAAAUACUCAUAAAUUGGUCGUACUAAGUGGAUUAAAAUGAAAAUAGAGUUGUUCAGUAGAAUAAUUUUGAUCACCGUUCUGGAAAUUGGUGCCGAAAGUGCUAACAUCCUCGUUGUAAAUUCUAUGCCGUCAUACAGCCAUUUCAUCAUUCCAUUCAAAUUGACCAAAGAGCUAGCCAGCAGAGGACAUCACGUCACAUCCAUUAAUGCGUAUCCACAACGAACAAAAUUGCCAAACUAUACUGAUGUUCCAGUAGUGGAAAAUAUUCCUUUGAUAGAAGAAAUGAAGCAAAAAAUGUUUGCCAGAGGAUCGAACGGUAUGUUUGAGAACCUUUUUAGUUUGUUUGACAUGACUGCUGUGAUUACUAAUAGUACCCUAUAUAAUAAAAAUGUCCAGAAACUUUUGAACUCCGAUAAAAAAUUUGACUUAGUUAUAAUAGAACAUUUUUUCAAUGACGCUUUUGUCGGUUUUGGUCACCACUUUAAUGCACCCGUCAUUUUCGUAAGCACGCAGGCCGCAAGCGCAAUGAAUGGAUACGUUUUUGCCAACCCCUUACCCUUUUCGUAUGUUUCGGGUAAUGGAGGGACUUUAACAAAACAUAUGAAUUUUUGGCAAAGAAUACAAAAUCUGCUGAUGCAUUCGGUGUUUAACACCUUGAUCCAUUUUUAUCAUCUACCUAAACAAAGCAACAUUUUUAAAAGCUACGUACAAGACGCGGAAAUGGUUCAAGUCCUUUAUAACACAAGUUUGAUGCUAACGAAUUCACAUGUGAGUGUUUCUGGUGCAAUCCCGUUAGUACCCAGCAUUAUAGAAAUAGGAGGUCUUCACGUAACCACGAAACGCUUACCAGACGACUUACAAACUUUUCUUGAUAAUGCUGUAGAAGGUGUUAUCGUCUUUUCUAUGGGAUCCAACUUAAAAUGUGAGGACUUGAAACUCGAAACGAGAGAAAGUAUCUUGAAAGCCUUCUCCAAAAUUAAGCAGAAAGUUUUAUGGAAAUAUGAAUCGAACCUACCCGAUACUCCUGAAAAUGUAAAGAUAUCUCCAUGGUUGCCGCAGCAGGAUGUUUUAGCGCAUCCAAAUGUUAAAGUUUUUGUUACUCACGGAGGUCGGUUGAGUACUAUUGAAGCUAUUUAUUUCGGAGUGCCACUUGUUGGUAUUCCUGUUUUUGGGGACCAGCUGAGUAACAUUGCGACAGCAGCGGCUGAUGGGUACGCUGUUAAGAUUAACUUGGAGGAAUUAUCUGAGCAAACUUUGUCUUCGGCUCUGAAUGAAGUAUUAACAAAUCCAAGAUAUAAAGAAGCAGCUCAGGAAAGAUCAAACUUGCUGCACGACCAACUUUUAACACCUAUGGAAUCUGCAAUCUUUUGGGUCGAACAUGUGAUUCGCCAUCGCGGAGCUCCCCACUUAAAAACAGCAGGAGUCGAUUUGAAAUGGUACCAGAGAGAAAUGGUAGACGUCAUUGUUUUCUUACUAGCAGUUGUGACCAUAAUGGUAUUUGUAAUUUGCAUUGUACUUAAGAAAUUAUGGUAUAUUUUAAACCAUAGUGAAAACGUCACUACUCCAAAGAAGAAAAUUCAGUAGGUACCUAGUUUGAUUAAAAAAAUGCAGAAACUCUUAUUAUAAUGGUGCAGGUGGUUGUACAUGCAUGUCGAAAACUCAAACUUUUCACUUUUAAUUUAAGUUGGUAUUAUUUGUGAGACAAAGGUUAGUCGCUGCGAUAUAGAUAUAAUGAAGCAGUUGUGUCGUUGUAUAUACAGGGUUAGUCACGAGAGAAUUACUUCUGAAAAUUAUUUUUACGCAACCCAAAAUACGAAUACCAUGUACCAUUUGAUACUAACUGAAUUUAAAAUGAAAUGCUUAAUCCAUGAUUGCUUUGAGUUUGGCAAUCUCAUUUUGACAAUUGUGGAAAAGGAGGUUACGCGAGUGUCCAUGGUGGUACCGCAGCCAGUCGGAAAUCUCCUCCGGCGCCGCUAAUAAAUUUGUCAGUGUGCCUCUUGAUCUUUUGCAACCGAUUAAUCAAGAGAAAAUUAUUUCUAAAAAUUCCUUUUACGGCAUUUUAUUCAAAGGUUACAACACAAACUCAAACAAGUAAGUAAAUAAUUUAACUACUAAUCUGUUGAAAAUGUUGGGCAUUUUGGGGAGAUGCUACGGCUUUUUUGUAAAUGGAUGGCCGAAGAAGUCCAGGGGUUGCGGAUUUGCACUUCGAAGAGGCUCUAGGUGACGCAGAGAUGGCGAAUUAACACAUGCACAUUAGCGGCGAACAACAUUAGCAAGCACUUACGGCUUCAGUAUAGCCCAGAUUGAUCUGACUGUAUGUCGUCGAUCCAAUGGGGCUCUAGAGGCGAGUCAACGAUGAAAAAAAAUGUUAAAAACGUCGUCUUCGUUGAUUCACUAUUAAAGUCUCUCCAAUUGGUUACAAUCGUCCGACUUGUCAAAAGGGAAAAUAUCAAAAGAUGUCAGUCCCUUCGGGAGUUACAGGAACCUGUAAUUAAUCCGUUUUGUUAUGCGCCAAAACAGUUUGUGCUUGAAUUGAUAUUAUCAAAAUGUCCAAAAAAUAUUCCUCUGUGCCUGCUUGUGGGGUAAUCAAGGAUCCUAGAGACCACAAAAUAAUGCACAGAUUCCCUUCAAACACUGUGAACUUUUAAAAGGUUGUGGUGCAAAAAGGUUUUUAAUGCUACGAGUAGGUACCCCGACAUGAAUCUUUUACCUAAGGGAAUGUAUAGCCAUUAAAACCAUUUCAGGUGAUAAUAUUGCAAAUAAUUUAUACAUUUGUGGUAAACACUUUGAGCAGGGGCGGCUCAUGACUUGAAAAGUUGAUGAGGCAAAGCACAAUACGCUCCAAAAUAUAAAUAAAUCAAGAUUACUUAAAUAUUUUCUACUUAGUCAAAUAAACAAAUUUGUAAACUCAUUUAACUGUCCAGCAAGAACCAACGUGAAUGUGUAAGGAACUCUUGUAAGGAAAGGAUGGGAAUAACAGGACAAAAGGAAAGGGAAACGUGGUCAGAAAAAACUAAUAUAACUUAAAAAAAAACAAAAUUAAAAUAAACUUUAAAGAAAACAUAUCGAAAAAAAUCAAAUACAACAUAAAAUAAACCUAUUUGAUUUAUAACAAAAAACAAAACGAAAAACAUUAAAACAUAAAUACUCUGGAUUUAUUUUAAACGUUUUUAUAGAUCAAUAAUUAACGAUUUACUCAAAUCAGGAACCGGCCGUUUUAAUUCCUUAACUGCAUACAAUUUAUCAUCAUACGUGAAAGUAGAAAAAACAGAACUGCUAUUGUCAUUUAACGUUAGUAGAGAAAAAUUCCGAUUUACUCGUAAUCUUAAAUAACGAUUACCGAAAUCAAAUUAUGACAAGCACAAAGCACUAACGCGACACACACAAACGUAGGCACUUUUAAGACAAAAUUCUGUUACAGAAAUUUUGAAUCAAUUUAUACACACACAGAUUUGUGGCAAAACAAUCAACGGCCUAAUUUUGAAUACUUCUGCAAAUGCAGACUGCAUUGUAAUCGCACGUUCUCCGCGCGCAAAUAUUGUUGUCCAUCUCUUUUGCAAACACGGAAAUGAGGCUAGCCUCAAUUUUGUCUUUUUUCAACUCAUACCGCUUAUGAGUGUAUUGCAGGUUGCUUGCCUAUUAACGAUAUGAUUUCUAUAUCCGCUGUAGAGGCAAGCUCCGAGUUUGCCUCAUUCGCGUCACAAAAUACAUGUUGUGUCGAGUGUUUCAGCGCGCUGUUUAAUUAAGGGAGCAACGAGUACCUACUGAGAUAAAAAUAAGAAUAUAAUUUUCCAUAUUUAUUUUUAAAAUUUUAGAAAAAAGACACAAAUUAUUGGCCGAAAUGUGUCGUUAAAAAAUAGUAAAAAUCCUAAUAAGGCGUAAAAUUCAUUGGUGAGGCACUGCCUCACCUGCCUCAUAGGACAAGCCGCCCCUGACUUUGAGAGAAGUUGUUAUUAUACAAAUAAAAGACUUAAACCCGGCUCUGUUCCUACUUUGUUCCCCCAUGGUUCCAAGUCACCGCUACCUGUUCCUACUUCUUCAAGCUCCCUAGCAAGUACUAAACGUGAUCCAGAAUGCAGCUUCAUAAUUUCUGAGACACAUUCCGAUAACAAUGUAAACACCUCAAAGAAAAACUUUCCUACUGCAUAUCCCUUUGCAGACCAUCCACGCCCAUGGCGUUGUGACUUUGGCACCGGUACCGAAAUUUUGCCUCUUUUUCAAGUAAAAACUGAAAUACAUGAUGUCAAAUUAUGUCAAAAAGUCAGACCACAACAGACAUUUAGCCGACAUUACAGAUUCCUUUCCCUCCCGACGUAUGCGCCCUCACAUGUCACAUUUAAGGGAUUGGAGAGACUUUAAUAGUGAAUCAACAAGACGACGGUUAAAAAUUAAUUAACGUCAAAGUGACACUGUCAAAGUCAAAGCAAUCAUGGAUUAGGCAUUUUAUUUUAAAUUUAGAUAAUAUCAAGUGGUACAGGGUAUUAGUAUUUUGGGUUGCGUAAAAAUAAUUUUCAGAAGUAAUUCUCUCGUGACUAACCCUGUAUAUAUAUAUAUCUAUAUACCUAUUUAUCGUUCUCAUUCAACUCUUAAACCAACAGGAUGACUUCCAUUUUGUAGGUGUGUACUUGCUGUCAUACCUCCAUCGUUAAAGGCUUCAAACAAACCUUGCUAGAUAUUGCACUUUAGAUAUAUUUAUAUAGGUAUAUUGUAUAUUUCUAUUUGCAAAAAUAGGUUUUAAUGCUUCGACACAUUUCUUGCCAUUGUUUUAGAAUUGUGUUUUUUUUUUAGAAUUUUAGAUCAUCAUUGUUAAUUCUAGUUUAAAUUAAAAAAUAAAUGUUAGUAAAAUUUUAACACGU